AUGUGCCCACCCGGGCCUGCAGGUCCAAUCGGUCCAGCGGGUCCACCUGGCCCUCCAGGACCAGAUGGAAAACAAGGUCCAACAGGAACUGAAGGCCAACCCGGUCCACCAGGUCCACCCGGUGAACCUGGUGAGCCUGGCCCACCGGGACCAGAUGGACCACCUGGCCAACCCGGUCCACCUGGUAAGGACGCUACAAGCGGAGUCGGUAGAAAAGGACCGAAAGGACCUCCGGGGCAGGCUGGACCACCCGGUAAGCCUGGUCCAAACGGCUUAGAUGGAGCAGCAGGUAGACCUGGUCCACCAGGAUCACCUGGAGAGGCUGGCAAGCCCGGGCCGGCUGGACCACCAGGAAAUCCCGGCAAACCUGGUGCUGAUGGACUGCCAGGAAACGACGCAAAUUACUGUCCUUGUCCACCUCGUACUAUGUUCUUAAUGUUCGAAUGA